UUUGGUUUAAUUUGUUUCGAUACUGUGGAAUGUGAAAGUCGAGAACACUGCAAAGUAAAAGACAAAUAGUAUAAUCAGCGGAAAAGGUUUGAAACCAACACUGAGCAAGAUCGAAAAUGGGUCGGUGGCGUACUCCUCGAGCUGGGCUGAGUGACGCAUUUUACGUCGACUUCUGGCUCGCUGUCCUGGCGGAGUAUUUGGCGACGUUCUUUUUCGUGUUCGCGGUAUCCGGUUCUGCACUAAGAUGGGAAGGCGCGCCAACGAUUUUCCAACAAGCCCUUGCCGCCGGGCUGUCAACUGCGUCCAUGAUUCAGGCCUUCAGAUCAGUGAGCCUGCCUCUUGUACACGCUAAUCCUGCCGUUUCUCUGGCUACAUUUAUCACCGGGGAUGCUGGCUUGAUUCGAAUGGUUUGCUCUGUUCUGGCCCAGAUGUUUGGAGCUAUAACUGGUUCAGGAAUAGUGAUGGCGAUAAGCCCUCAACACGCCCGAGGGAAGCUAGGGGCGACUAUACCAGCAAAGGACGUGAGUAGUUUCCAGGCCUUUGGCGUGGAGCUGAUUCUGACGUCAUUCCUGGUGCUAACCAUGUUGGCUUCCAUUGACGCUAAUAAACACGCGGCUCGCAGGGAUUAUGGGACAGCGGCAGCACUGGGUGUGGUCGUUACAUGCUGUUAUCUUAUUGCGUUACCGAUCACCGGCUGUGGUGUAAACCCAGCAAGGUCACUCGCCCCGGCUGUCCUCAGCGGCACUUGGGAUGAUCACUGGGUUUAUUGGGCGGGACCAAUCUUAGCAUCUUUGCUGGCAGCAUUUCUUCACCUUUUUCUGUUCAAGGACCGUGAAUAUCGACACCACUCUGCCCCUGAGGAUGACGAUCAUGAUGAAGAACCCAUCAUACAGUAGUUGAUCUGUGACGCUAUUGGCUACUUCAUAUGACGAUCGUGUACAUAUUUGGUUAUUUCAGGAGCCCAUGUUAUAAACAUGUAGUUAACUUGGAUUAGAAGCGUAGUGUAUAUGUUGUGACGCACUCACAAGAUACAAAUUGUUAAAGUGUUUUUGUGUAUAUACAUCAAACUUCAUAAAUAAACUAAAUAACGUGGGCCUUUUGAUUAACUAAAAUAACUAGAGUCGCGUUUCAUCAGAUUAUCAAGAACAGGAAUUGAAUCUUUUUCUAGCACACCUAAAUAUGACUUAACGCACACAACGACCAAGCACAGUAGCCAGACUAUCACAAUUUUACAAAACACUCCAGUCGUCUUUUGUAAGAGCAAGGGCGUGCACCCAGAAAAUUAAUAAAGUGAUUCUAUAACUGAAUUGUCAAAA